GUCUUUAUUAAAGUUCCGCGUGGACUGUUUAACGUCACUUAUUGAAUCGGUGUUGUAAACAGCAGCUGGACUAAACGUCCGUUCUUUGAUUUCUAUUUCUAGACCUCUCCUGGCUGCGCUGUGAUUGGCUGCCGGACCUGUCAGUCACGGUGUCCUUGCCGCCCAUUUCCGCCCCGUUUGAGUGGCAGCUCACUUUUCGUUUGUUUAUGUCAGUUGAGCGUUAACUUGACCUUAAUUCACAGGUAGUGUGUUUGGCUGUCUGUGAUGCUAGGAGCGAGGCUGGGCAGAGGGACAGGCCGAUGGUGGAAACAUGACUUCUGAGUAACGCCCGGUUACUUUCUCUGCUCAGUAUGAACAGCGAGGAAGAAUUUUACGACGCUGAGACGGGGCUGGAGUCAGAUGAUUCCUGUGAGGUCAGUUUUAAGGAUGCCCUGGUGUUUGACAGUAAGCAGGUGACUGACGGCGGCGCCAAACAGGAGAAUGGAGUGUGGGAGCGCAGGAAAACCCUGCCUGCUGAAAUGAUUUCCAGGAACAAUUACAGUGUUUGGAAUAUAUUGAAGAAAUGCAUCGGCAUGGAGCUGUCCAAAAUAGCAAUGCCGGUUGUGUUUAACGAGCCACUGAGCUUUCUCCAGAGAAUGUCUGAGUACAUGGAGCACACUCACCUCAUCCACAAAGCCUGCACUUUGUCUGACUCAAUAGACCGCAUGCAGGUUGUUGCUGCGUUUGCUGUUUCGUCUGUAGCAUCUCAAUGGGAAAGGACUGGAAAGCCAUUUAAUCCUUUACUGGGGGAGACAUAUGAACUCAUAAGAGAGGAUGAGGGGUACAGAUUGAUCUCGGAGCAGGUGAGCCACCACCCCCCUGUCAGUGCCUUCCAUGCCCAGUCUCUAAAACAAGAGUUUGAGUUUCACGGCUCCAUUUGCCCAAAACUCAAGUUCUGGGGCAAAAGUGUGGAGGCCGAGCCCAAAGGCACUAUGACACUGGAGCUACUGAAAUAUAAAGAAGCGUACACAUGGACAAACCCAAUGUGUUGUGUGCAUAACAUCAUCCUGGGAAAACUCUGGAUUGAGCAAUAUGGAACCGUGGAGAUAGUCAACCAUAGCACUGGAGAUAAGUGUGUGUUGAACUUCAAACCAUGUGGCAUGUUUGGGAAAGAGCUGCACAAAGUCGAAGGUCAUAUUCAAGACAAAAGUAAGAAGAAGCGGCGAGUGACCUAUGGAAAGUGGACAGAGUGCAUGUACAGCGUGGACCCCAAGAUUUACGAAACAUACAAGAAGUCCGACAAGAAGUCGGGGGGAGACCCAAAAAAGCUGAAACAGGGACAUAGUUGUGAAGCUGAGGAUGCUGAUGAAAUGCCAGAAGUUCAAGAGACUGUGACUGUGAUACCAGGAAGUGCCUUACUGUGGAGGAUAACGCCGCGGCCUGCUCACUCAGCACAGAUGUAUAACUUCACCAGCUUUGCCAUGUCACUAAACGAGCUGGAGCCCGGCAUGGAGAGACUACUGGCUCCAACAGACUGCCGGCUGAGGCCCGACAUCAGAGCCAUGGAGAUUGGAGACAUGGACUUAGCGAGUACAGAGAAGGAGCGGUUAGAGGAGAAACAAAGGGCCUCACGCAGGGAACGCUCCGCGGAGGAAGAGGAGUGGUCCACCAUGUGGUUUCAGCUGGGAACAAACCCUCACACAGGAGCGGAGGACUGGCUGUACACAGGUGGAUACUUUGACAGGAAUUACACUGACUGUCCCAACAUUUAUUGACACUGGAGGAGGUGCUCAGUGGAAGAUCUCCUCCUCUCUGAUAGGAUUCGCUUCAUUUCUCAGCAUCUACGAUUUUGUGUCUUUGUGACGUCCAGACGCUCACUGGUACUGUGUCUUUUGCUUGAAUCCAUAAAAAGCUGAUAUCAGAAUGUUAUCAAACCGUUUAUCAGAUGAAUAUUGACUGUGCACUUGGUCCACAGGAGAAAUGGGAUAUAAAGGAGAAUUAUAGAGUUUACUUAUUUGUAAAUGUUGACAUAAACAUCUUCCAUCUUUAUAUGCCCUAAUCAUGACAAUAAUAGGCCCCAAAUAUGUUACUCACCUGUCGAGGGUGUGUGUGGGUGUGGUGCAGGACCGAAAGCUCAGACUUCUAGAGGAUAUAUUCUCAGUUUUAGUUCAGGUGCCCAACCCUAAUCUUACCUAUAGACGUACUUCUUGUCCAGUGGCAUUUAAAUAUCAGGGGUUAUUUAAACACAUCUGCUACUUUUAUUUGAAUAUUAGAUGUGUAUUUUUGUUAGCUGUUAACAUCCCUAAAAAGUCACGUGUGAUACAUUUUCUGUGAAUAGAGUAGAGAUGAAAGGCUGCUUAUAACCAUGUUUACCUUCACGGUAAACACAUUGCUGGUACAUCAUAUUAUCGUCCGCUGUAACAUAGAUAGUGUGUAUAAUAAUUGGUGCAUGCAUGUCCACCAAGAUGACUAUUUACACAAGUCAAAGCCAUAAAAACCUUUUCUGCACUAAGUUUAAUACUGUAAAUGGCUUCACAUAAAGUGUUAAAGCGAAAGGAUACAGCGCGUUUUGGUUUAAAUUCUGACACCUGUUGAUGGGAUAUUCUGAGCCAUACAGUCCAAACAAUAUUAAUGAAAAGUUCAUAUUAAUGGGUUUUGUACCUCCUAUGCUUUGUCUUACUUAAGACAAACUAACUGUAAACAGGAGAUUUAACGUUGCCAUAGAGCCAGUUAGUUAGCUGUGUUUUUCGUUGUUGCUUGUAUUUGUUUUAUUUUGCAAAUUGGCACCAUUAUUAAAAAAAAAUGCUGAAUUAGCUUCAGCAGUUCCUGUUUGCGAUGUACCCAUAAAAUAUACAACUAUAACUGGAUGACUUUGUUACUGAAGAAACGUUAAAUAAUGAUGAGUCUCAGGAAUAUUCUUGCAUUAAAAGAAGCGUUUUUCAUUUUUAUGAUUUCUAAGCGGAUCUUUGGACGUUUGUUUGCGAGAUAAUGAUAUCUCUGGGAAGUGCAAGCCGCGCCAAAUCUAAAAUUUGUGUUAAAUAUUUUUGACUCCGGGAAGGCAUAGGAAGUUUGAGGCAAAUUGCGGCUCACAUCUCUCCUUUCCGCGGCUCCCUGCCGAGGCACCGUUCGAAAACCUCUUAAAGAGAGAGCUGCUACACACUGGCCCCUGAUCAUAGCCGUUUCUCUUCACACGUGGACGAGGAACUUGACUAUUUCCAGAGGUUCCAGUGUGAUGCCCGGAGACAUUUUUCCAUCAACGAAAGCUGUUUUCGGACACAGCGGCAGCAAAGAAAGACGGAACUGUAGCCAUCGUAAACCUAUGCAAACCGAUCCAUCUGAUCUGCCCUCGUGAAAUGUGAAGAACAACAACAAAACACUUAACUCCUCUUUAGCUUGUAGCUAAUGUGUGCUUCAGACACUACAGAGACAGCCGUUACUGAAUGUUGUGUGCUGAUGUUAGAACACUUACAUAUAUACAGCAGAUGUUAGUAGAUGUUCCUUUUGUAUUUCAAAGCACUAACAUUGCAUGAACAUGCACAUUUGAACACUCUCAGUCCAAUGCACAUAUUGUACAGUAAAAAUAUACUCUACAUCAUGUCACCCCCCCCAGCUGCUCUCGAAUUUACUCUGAAUUUAAAGCACUUUGUGAGGCCUGCAGACACUCAAAGGUGCAGGUUCGCUCUGAUAGUUCUCACACUCUUUACCCUCUUGUUUCAUCUAACAUUUAAUUGAAAAUGUGUAGAUUGUAUUGAUUUAUUGUUUUUCCUCAUACUGUUACCUAUACACAAACAUAUGCGUACAUGGCAUAUUUGAGAAAUAAAUGAUGCACUAUUGAAAUUA